AUGGCUGCUACCACUCCAGUCAAUGAAAAUGGUCUCGGAUUAGCCGCAGAAUCAGUGACCAGCACCGUUGAUGAGCCCAAAACUGCUCAAACUUCGGAACAAGAGGUGGAUUCGGAAUCUGAACAUCCUCCCCCAUCUGAAGAGGAAAAGCAGACUCUUCGCAAGGUUGCAGGUUCACUCCCAUUAGUCUCAUUUUCAUUGUGUUUGGUGGAAUUCGCCGAGCGUGCAUCCUACUAUGGAGCCAAGACAGUAUUCAGCAACUUUGUUCAGUUUCCACUGCCAGAAGGUGGAAAUGGUGCUGGUUCUCCUCCUCGUGGCACCCAAAAAACUGCUGGCGCUCUAGGAAUGGGCCUCCAAGCAUCAUCUGGAAUAACACUGCUCUUCUUGUUUCUUUCAUAUGUCAUCCCGAUAUUUGGGGGUUGGUGGGCCGACGUUCACAUCGGUCGAUAUAAAGCAAUCUGCGUGGGUGUUUUCAUCUGCGGUAUCGCUCACAUCAUCCAAGUAUUCGGUGCUAUCCCCUCGGUUCUCCAGAAAGGUGCAGCCAACGGAGCUCCACCGUUCAUCAUCGGUCUGCUACUUCUGGCAUUCGGUGCGGGUAUUUUCAAGCCCAAUGUCUCGCCUCUCAUUCUUGACCAGAACCCCCACAGAACGGCAUAUACCAAAACGCUCAAAUCUGGCGAGAAGGUCAUUGUGGACCCUGAGGCCACGACAAACCGGAUCAUGCUCAUUUUCUAUGGCUUCGUGAAUGUGGGUGCUUUCUUCAUGUUGGCAACUACCUAUUCUGAGAAGUAUGUCGGAUUUUGGCUUUCCUUCUUGUUAGCGGGUUUGAUUUACCUCUUGUUACCGAUCCUCCUUGCAGCGAUGUAUAAGAAAACAUACAAGAGACCACCAGCUGGGAGCUCUGAAAUAUCGCAAGCCUUCAAAAUUAUUGUCACUGCUCUCCGCCAGAGCAAAUUUCAGUUCUGGCGAAAGGACUUUUGGGAACUGGUCACACCCGCCGAACUUUCCAAAAAGGGUAUCACUGUGAAUUGGACGGAAAAAGACGUGAAAAAUGUUUCCAGGACAGUGGCUGCCUGUGACAUAUUCUGGUUCUAUCCCAUCUGGAACCUCAACGAUGGUGGCAUCGGCUCUGUAUCCACGAACCAAGGCGCAUCAAUGAUCACCGACGGAGUACCAAACGACGUCCUGAGCAAUUUCAACCCACUAACAAUCAUGGUCGUCAUCCCCAUUCUCAGCUUCGUGAUCUAUCCCACUCUGCGUCGCUACCGCAUCAACUUCGGUCCCAUCAGCCGCAUCACAUUUGGAUUUUUCUUAGCGAUUCUCGCCGGCCUUGCUGGUGCCCUGGUACAAUGGCGCAUUUAUUCACUAUCACCCUGUGGAAACCUGGCUUCGACAUGUGAUACUGUCGCACCCAUCAGCAUCUGGUGGCAGCUCCCCAAUACCAUUCUGAGCGCCCUGAGUGAAUGUUUCUGCAACGUGACUGCCUAUGAGCUUGCGUACGCACGGUCUCCGGAUGGAAUGAAGGGUCUGGUAGUGGCGUUCUUCCUCUUCAUGAAUGCUUUGUCCAGUGCGAUUGGAGAGAUCAUGCUACCGGCAACUGCUGACCCCUGGUUGACGUGGAUCUGGGGUGCACCGGCUAUAGCACUUGCUUUGCAAACUGUGAUCUUCUGGUUUAGGUUCAAGCAUUUGAAUCAUGAGAGUUGGACGGGAGAGGAAGACACUGAAACUGUUGUCCGGGAAGAAACCAAAGUCUAA